CUUUUUGAAGUCAGGGGUUUCUGUAUGUAUGUAGCGAGCAGCUAACUCCAGCACUUCCAGGCAGCUGAGAGAACAGACCUGUGCAUACUGACAGCUCCAAUGGCAGCAGUGAGUCGGAGUGAGAAUUAGCAGGGACCUGAAGGCCCCCUUCACUCGUUAGGGGUACGGCUGCUCUGAUCUCUCAUCCUCUCUGUUUCCCCCCAGGCCAUUUCCCGCUUGGCACAAUGAACAAGAUGAAGAACUUCAAGCGGCGUUUCUCCCUCUCGGUGCCACGGACAGAGACCAUCGAGGAGGCGGAGUUCACCGACCAGAUCAACCAGCUCAGCAUUCGCCGCAACGAAGGCAGCCUGAGUCUGCGGGCUCUGCAUACGGAUCAUGGUGCCACGCCUGGAGAGGACAGGGCCCGGUCCCCCAGCCAGCUGCACUACCCCUGCGGAAACCAACACUUCUCCACUGAGGACAUCAGCAGGCGCAUGUCGCUGCCCAUGGACAUCCGUCUCCCGGUAGAGUUCCUGGAGAGGCUGCAGCAGCAGUUGGAUGCUCCCCCUUCUUCCAAGCCCCUGAGCAGGAUGUCCCGAAGAGCGUCCCUGUCCGAUAUUGGCUUUGGGAAGCUGGAGACCUACGUGAAGCUGGAUAAGCUGGGGGAGGGAACCUAUGCGACAGUUUUCAAGGGUCGCAGCAAACUCACAGAGAACCUGGUGGCUCUGAAAGAGAUCCGUCUGGAGCAUGAGGAGGGGGCCCCCUGCACAGCCAUCCGAGAAGUGUCACUGCUGAAGAACCUCAAGCAUGCCAACAUCGUCAUCCUGCAUGACAUCAUCCACACGGAACGCUCCCUCACGCUCGUCUUUGAGUACCUGGACAGUGAUCUGAAACAGUACCUGGACAACUGUGGAAACCUCAUGAGCGUCCACAAUGUCAAGAUCUUCAUGUUCCAGCUGCUGCGAGGCCUCUCCUACUGCCACAAGAGGAAGAUCCUCCACAGAGACCUGAAGCCCCAGAACCUGCUCAUCAACGACAAGGGCGAGCUCAAACUGGCUGACUUCGGCCUAGCCAGGGCCAAGUCUGUUCCCACAAAGACGUACUCUAAUGAGGUGGUGACGCUCUGGUAUCGGCCUCCGGAAGUCCUCCUAGGCUCCACAGAGUACUCCACCCCCAUCGACAUGUGGGGAGUUGGCUGCAUAUUCUACGAAAUGGUGACAGGACGACCCAUGUUCCCAGGGUCCACAGUCAAAGAGGAGCUGCACCUCAUUUUUCGGCUCAUGGGUACCCCGACUGAGGAGACCUGGCCUGGGAUCACAGCCAACCUGGAGAUGCAGUCCUACAGCUUCCCUCAGUAUAGACCCCAGCCGCUCCUAAACCAUGUACCCAGGUUGGACACGGAGGGAAUAGAUCUUCUAUCUGAUUUGCUUCUGUACGAGCCCAGAUCACGGAUCUCUGCGGAAGCUUCACUUAGACAGCCCUAUUUCAGCAGUCUGGGAGAGCGCAUAAACAGCCUACCUGACAACUCUUCUGUGUUUUCCCUCCCGGAGGUCCAGUUACAGAAGGAUCCUGGCUGUCGGAGUUCAGUGUUUCAGCAUGCAGCUCGUGGAAAGAACCGGCGACAGAGCAUAUUCUGAGGUUUGUGAAGAAGGGCGUGUCAAAGGAUGAAAAGUAGAGGGCUGCAAUCUAGCUGGACGCCAGCAUGCAAAGAGGAAGUUGGCUGUUGAGAAUCCCCCCACACCCCCA